AUGGCAGGCGGUACUGGCCCAGCUGGACGUGGACGCGGCGGCAAGUUCAAGAAGUACACUCGUGGAGGUGGCCACCAUUUCUCCCGCGACCUUCGCCCCCUCGACGCCGAUGGCAACGAAGUCAGCAUGUGGAGCGCCGGCGGCGCCAAGAACAAGGACUCCGAAUCCGAGGAAGAAUCCGAGGAGGAGGAGUCUUCCGAGGACGAGGCCGGCCCCUCCUCUGGCAAGGCCCCCAAGGCUGAGCUGACCCGCGAGGAGCUCAAGGCGCAAAAGAAGGCGAAGAAGGAGGCAGCCAUCGCGCGCGCCAAGGCCGCCGCCGUGCAGGUUGGCGACCUCCCGCCCAGCGACUCGGAGGAGGAGAGCGAGGACGACAAGGACGCGCCCAUGCUCGCCAACCCCAACCACUCUAAGGCUGCGCGCAACCAGACCAAGAAGCCCGUCGCCAAGGCGGAGGAAUCGGAUGAUGAGGCUGCCGCUGGCGUCAAGAAGCUCAGCAUAGCGGACUCGGCCCCCGGCAAUAGGAAGGAGCGUGAAGCGGCUGCGGCGGCUGCGGCGAAGGAGAGAUAUCAGAAGCUUCAUGAGGCCGGCAAGACGGAUCAGGCCAAGGCCGAUCUCGCUAGGUUGAGGCUCAUUCGUGAGAAGAGAGAGCAGGAGGCUGCUAGGAAACAGGCCGAGAAGGAAGAGCGCGAAGCCCAGGAGAAGCUCAAGAGGGAACAGUUCGAGGCUAAGGAGGCUAAGAGGCGCGAGGCCGCCCUUGGUCCUCAGAAGAAAGCCAAGAGCAGCAAGAAAUAA